CGUGGGCUCCAGGUGUGUGCGCGCGUGUGCGCCGUGUCUGAGCGCGUUACACAACUGCGCGGUGCGCCUGGUGUCCCGUUCUGUGCUGGCUGUCUCCUGCGUGUGGCGGCCGUGUGAGCCCAGGUGGCCCGCUGUGGCCUGUCUGCAGUGUCUGUGCCCAGUGCUGUGUGUCCACGCGAGGUGUGAGCUGCGUGUCCUGGGAAGUGUCCUGUGACGAGGCUGGCACGGCCCGCCCCUCCCAGCCGCCUGACCCUCCCGCAGGGCGCCUUCAGCCGCUGCUACAAGCUCACCGACCUGUCCACCAGCGCCAUGUUCGCCCUGAAGGUGGUGCCCCGGGCUGGGGGCGGAGCUGGCCGGCUGCGCCCGAGGGGCAAGGUGGAGCGCGAGAUCGCACUGCACAGCCGCCUGCGGCACCGCAACGUGGUGGCCCUGCACGGGCACUUCGCCGACCGUGACCAUGUCUACAUGGUCCUGGAGUACUGCAGCCGCCAGUCCCUGGCCCACGUGCUGAGAGCCCGGCAGACCCUGACGGAGCCCGAGGUGCGUUACUACCUGCGCGGGCUGGCCAGCGGCCUGCGCUACCUGCACCGGCAGCGCAUCGUACACCGCGACCUGAAGCCCAGUAACUUCUUCCUCAGCUCGGCCAUGGUGGUGAAGAUCGGAGACCUGGGGCUGGCCGCCAGGGUGGGACCGGGGGGCUGCUGCCGCAGGGUGCUCUGCGGGACCCCGAACUUCCUGGCCCCGGAGGUCAUCUCCAGGAAGGGGCACUCCUGUCAGUCAGACGUCUGGGCGCUGGGCUGCACCAUGUACCUGGCGCUGACCGGCACCCCGCCCUUCCCGGCCGGCCCCCUGUCGGAGACAUACCGGAACAUCCGUGCUGGCUGCUACCCGGAACCGGCCCACCUGUCCGCCAGCCCCUUCACUCCCAGGGAGGCCUCCGGUCCAGGAGGCGAUGGGCCAGAACCCAGCUCCAUGGAGCGGGGCAGUGAGGCCUCCCUGUCCGAGGGGGGGGCUUCCUGCCCCGAGGCCCCCAUCCGCCUGCUGUCACGGGGGACCCUGCAGAGCGACCUGGCAGGCCCCGAGGGGAGCUGGCAGCCAGAGGUGGCGGCCGCCAUCCGGAACCUGCAGCUGUGUCUGGACACCGGACCCCCGGCCCUGCAGGAGCCCCCGGGAGAGCGGCGGGCGGCUGCGGGGUCCUGCUGCGGGACGGCUCGCACAUGGCCCUGCGCCCUCCGGGAGGGUGAGUGAGCCCCCGCCCUUCGGCCAUCACGAAGCACCAGGUUCCUGGCGGUGAGGGGCCCCGCUCUGCGAAAGAGGCAGUGGGGAGCUGGGUGUGGGCGGGGGCGGGCUUCCCAGGACCAGACGGAGGCCAGGUGGGUGAGAGUCCAUGCGGACAGCACGGCACCAGCAGAUGGCGGGGUGGUUACGUCGCUGGACUCCCACAUAGUGGGCCGCGGU